AUGGCGCAGUACAUCAACGACGUCCCUCCCUACUCGAGCGACGAUGACGAAAGAGAGGAAGACCAGAGGGAGGAGCUGCUCGACGGGCAGCGACACAGGCACAAGCACAGAUCCUACGAUGACGACCCUUUCCUUCUGGCAGACCCCGAGGUGGUGGAGAAGAAGAAGGGCUUCGACUUCAAAGUGUUGCUGUUCCCUUGCACUCGAGAGGCGUGGCGGAAGCCCAACAUGCUGCACAUCUUUAUCUCCUUCUACCUCUACAUGCUGUCCAUGGCAUUCUCUCAGGCCAUCACACCCCUGGUGAUGAUCGACAUGUGCGGCGGAGACGUAGGCGAGGCCUCAAAAUAUCAGGGCUACUUGUCGGCCACCAACGCCGCCGCCACGCUCUUUACCGCGGCCACGCUGGGCCUCAUCGCCGACCGAUGGGGCCGCAGGACAUGCCUCUUCAUCUCCCUCGCGGGCUUCGCGGUUGACAUGAGCGGGAUGGCAGCGGCAGCGCUGUACGGGUGGAGUGUGUGGCCGCUGUUCUUCACGCGGGCAGUGGGCGGGGCCAGCUCCGGAUUCUACACGGCGGGCUAUGCCUACAUCGCCGACAUCAGCAGCAUGGACAACCGUUCGCAGAACUUUGGCGCCUUCGGCCUGGCCAUGGGGCUCGCCUUCAUGAUAGGUCCCAUCAUCGCCGGAUUGCUGGGCCAGAUCCAUCUUGCGAUCCCGUUGGUGGCAACAGUGGGGUUCACGGUGGUCAACAUCCUGUUCGUGCAAUUCGGCAUGGUCGAAUCCAAGAGCGCGGAGCGGAAGCCGUGGCAGUGGGGCCGCCUCAAUCCGUUCCGCGCGUUCGCCAUGCUCCUCGACAAUUACUACGCUCUCUCCAUCGCGUUGACCUACUUGGUGGGGUUCCUUGCCGAGGAAGGCGUAUUUGCCAUCUCGGUCCUCUUCAUCAAGGACAGAUUCGACUGGGACUCGCUCGAUCUGGGCAUCAUCACGUCCUUCUUCGGCCUCACCUACUGCCUCUCCCAGGGCGUGCUGCUCCGCUUUGUUUUGCCGCGGCUCGGUGAUCGCAAGUCACUCCUGCUGGCCAUGUUCACCGACGCUAUAAGCACGUGGCCGUACGCGGUGAUACCCAGCGGGGGCUACAUCUAUCCGCUCAUGCUGCUCCGGACGGUGGCGUUGAUGGCGAUGCCCAUCAGCAAGGGCAUCAUCUCCAAGCAAUAUGGGCCCGAGAAGCAGGGCGAGCUGAUGGGCGUCGUGUCCGGUCUCAAGACCAUCACCGGCUUCGCCGGGCCGCUCAUGUACAACUCCCUGUUCUCACACUUCUCUUCCGAAUACGACGACCCCGGGUUGGUGUACUACGUGGUGACUGCCAACUCGAUGGUGGCGUUUGUGGCCUGCUGCUGUGUCUUCGUCAUCUUCCCCGAACACAAGACCGGCUACAAGCCGCUCCCCUCAGAAGCCGAGGACAUCAACGGAACGACACUGGAGACAACCGACCAGCUCCGACCUGGCCCUUGA